AUGUACCAAAGGAAUAUCCUACGCCUCCGCGGGGGAACCGUCCGGCUUCAAGCCAAUCCCACAUACACACCUCAACGUCACUUCCCCUACCUCCCACUCUCUAUUCAACGAGCAUACUCCACCCCAAGCGAGACUCCAUCACCCCAAUUCACCCCCUCCAACCGGUUAUCCAACCGAACAUGCAUGAUCACCGGCGGAACAUCCGGCAUCGGGUUCGCCAUCGCAGAGCGCUUCCUUCAAGAAGGUGCCGCACGCGUGAUCCUAGUCGGACGAUCCUACGAGCGACUCUAUAACGCUGCAUCUCGACUUCAGAUCGAGUCCCCUGAAAUCCCGUCCACGGAACCACCCCAGCUCAUCGCCAACCCAGAGCAACACCAGCUCCUCGAAUCCUCGUCCAGAAUCAGCCUACUAAUCGGCGACAUCGCCGAAGCAGGAUCAUGGACGCGAGAGCUCGAGAAAGCAAUGCAAACAACAAACCCAGACAUCCUCAUCAACGCCGCCGGCCUCUCCAUUUCCUCGAUCCUUCCUAAAUUCGAACCCACAGAUAUUUCACGCAUCCUGCGCACGAACCUCGAGGGCGCGCUACUCACGUCUCGAGCCUUCAUCCGCGCAUCGAUACGCAAUCGUAUGAAGAGAUCUAGCACUCCCACCACCAGUGGAAGCACCGCAGCAUCUAAAUGCAUUAUCAACAUCUCCUCCCUGCUAGCACACAAAUCUGGAACUGGGGCCGUUCCCUAUGCAGCUUCAAAAGCUGGAGUCCUCGGCCUAACGAGAUCCGUCGCCGUUGAAGCGGCCGCUUCACUGCGUGAUGUGGUGGUUAGAUCUAAUGCUAUUGUGCCGGGGUAUAUUGAGACGCCUAUGAUAUCUGAUUUCUCAGAUGGCGAAACAGCCCGGUUGAAGGAGAGUAUCCCCGUGCGACGUUUCGGGAGACCGGAUGAGGUUGCGGAUGCGGCGGUGUUUUUGGCGCAGAAUGAGUAUGCGAAUAAUUUAUUAUUAACUGGACUGUAUUAUGUGUGUACGAUACGUGAGGAGUGA